UUUCUCGGCAUAAGAUAUGCGGCUCCUCCCGUGGGAAAUCUCAGGUUUAGAGCUCCUCAAGAUCCACUACGCCAAGAUGGCGUGCAAAUUGCCAAGGAGUUUGCACCUACAUGUAUUGGAACAGCUGGGAUUCUCAGCGAUUCGAUAAAUGAGGACUGUUUGUACGUCGACGUUUUUGCUCCUAGUAAUGCAACUCCGAAGAGCAAACUGCCUGUCUGGUUCUUCAUCCAGGGUGGCGGUUAUGCUACGAACUCAGAUCAAAAUUUCAAUGGUACCGAAGUCAUUACGCGGUCCAAUCACAGUAUCAUCUUUGUACAAAUCAACUAUCGUGUCGGCGCCUUCGGAUUUUUAGCGAGUGAAAAAAUCAGGCGGAACGGGGAUCUGAAUGUUGGGCUUCUCGAUCAAACUAAGGCGUUGGAGUGGGCUCGGAAGUACAUUUAUCUGUUUGGUGGAGAUCCAAACCAUAUAGUCAUUCACGGCGAUUCGGCCGGUGGAGGCUCAAUCGCAUAUCACUUGACAGCCUACGGAGGUCGCGAACGAUCAUUUGUCGGUGCAAUUUCGGAGUCUCCCUUCCUACCUACCCAUCGCACAGUCGCGGAGUCCGAAUUUCAAUUUGACAAAUUUGUAAAAGAUGCCAAUUGUACUGACGAUGAAGACGUCAUGGAAUGUCUGCGUUCUCGAGAGUCCGCCACGCUACAGUCUGCAGAUGUGAAAUCCGGAUUUCCUGGUACAACACAAACUCCUCUAUGGUACUUCCUGCCAGUAGUCGAUGGCUCCUUCUCGCCAGAUCUCCUUUACACUCUCUUUGACCAAGGCAGAGUGAGAAAGGUUCCUGUUAUCGUCGGCAAUGACAAUGAUGAAGGAACUGGGUUUACCCCGAAUGUCACCACUUCGGCCGAGUUCCUAGCCUUUAUUCAAGCCAAUUACCCCAAGUUGACCGCAGCCAACCUUGACUUGAUUAACCGGACUUAUCCUCUUCAAGAGCCUUUUUUGCCCAAGCAUGCGCCUUAUUUCACCCCAGCUGAACUGGCUUAUGGCGAAGCAACUUUUACAUGUCCGGGCCUCGAGAUUGCAUCAUCUAUGGCAACCCAUAACUCUCCAAUGAAAUCUUGGAGCUAUAGGUAUAAUGUUCUAGAAAGUUCUAAGCAAGCCGCUGGUCUCGGGGUAUCACAUGUAUCUGAGAAACCAGCUAUCUUUGGGCCAGGAAAUGCGGGAUCCUGCGCUGGCUGCUCUUAUUUCACCUAUAAUGCGCCCAUGGUUCCAAUCGUCAUGGAUUAUUGGAUCAGUUUUAUUCUGACUCUGGAUCCUAAUACAUAUCGCAACCCUGCCGCUCCAGAAUGGAAACCUUGGGGAUCUAGUGGUAACCAGAGGUUAAAGUUUCAAUUGAACUCAACAGAGAUGGAGGCCGUUCCUGAUGCCCAGUUUCACCGAUGCUCGGUUUGGAAGCAUCUUUCUACUAUUAUGGAGCAGAAGUGA